UCGUAUCAUCAUGGGUAAAAAUCAUGUCUUCAGAUUCAACCACCCAGAGCAAGCACGAGCAGAAAGAGAGAAAACACCAUCAGCUGAGACUCCCUCUGAGCCAGUUGACUGGACGUUUGCUCAGAGGGAGCUUCUGGAGAAGCAGGGCAUUGACAUGAAACAGGAGAUGGAGAAAAGAUUACAAGAGAUGGAGAUUUUGUAUAAGAAGGAGAAGGAGGAAGCUGAUCUCUUGCUGGAGCAGCAAAGGCUGGACUAUGAGAGUAAGCUGCAGGCCUUACAGAAGCAGGUAGAGACACGGUCCUUGGCAGCUGAAACAACAGAGGAGGAAGAAGAAGAGGAAGAAGAAGUGCCCUGGACACGACAUGAGUAUGAACUUGCACAGUGGGCUUUCAGGAAGUGGAAAUGUCACCAGUUUACUUCACUGAGGGACCAACUCUGGGGAAAUGCAGUGUAUCUGAAAGAAGCCAAUGCAAUCAGUGUAGAGUUAAAGAAAAAGGUGCAGUUUCAAUUUGUCCUGCUGACAGACACCCUCUACUCCCCGCUGCCACCAGAGCUUUUGCCCACUGAGCUGGAGAAGACGCGGGACAAAAGGCCUUUCCCCCGUACAGUGGUAGCUGUGGAAGUCCAGGAUCUGAAGAAUGGAGCAACGCAUUACUGGUCCUUAGAAAAACUCAAGCAGAGGUUGGACCUGAUGCGCGAGAUGUAUGACAGAGCUGGGGAAAUGGCGUCCAGUACACAGGAUGAGAGUGAAAGCACCAUGACAGGCAGUGACCCCUUUUAUGAUCGCUUCCAUUGGUUCAAGCUUGUUGGAAGCUCCCCCAUAUUCCAUGGCUGCGUGAAUGAGCGUCUUGCUGAUCGCACGCCCUCCCCCACUUUCUCCACGGCUGACUCCGACAUCACUGAACUGGCUGAUGAACAGCAGGAUGAGAUGGAGGACUUUGAUGAUGAGGCCUUUGUGGAUGAUACUGGCUCCGACGCUGGAACUGAGGAGGGAUCAGACCUCUUCAAUGAUGGGCGCGACCCGUUUUACGACCGAUCCCCUUGGUUCAUUUUAGUGGGAAGAGCAUUUGUGUACCUGAGCAAUCUACUGUACCCGGUGCCUCUUAUUCACCGAGUAGCUGUUGUUAGUGAGAAAGGAGAAGUACGAGGAUUUCUGCGAGUAGCAGUGCAAGCUAUAGCAGCUGAUGAAGAAGCCCCAGAUUAUGGAUCUGGUAUUCGACAGUCUGGCACAGCCAAAAUUUCGUUCGACAAUGAAUAUUUUGAUAAGAGUGAUUUUUCUUCAGUUGCGAUGACGCGGUCUGGACUGUCAUUGGAAGAAUUAAGAAUUGUGGAAGGACAAGGACAGAAUUCGGAUGUCACCACUCCUCCAGAGGAGAUCAACAGAAUGAAUGAGCUAGACUUGAAGUCAGCCACUUUGGAUGGAAAGAUGACGAUGGAGGGAUUCACUGAGGAGAUUGGUGAUCACCUGAAGCUGGGUAGCGUGUUUACCUUCCGUGUGACAGUGCUUCAGGCCAGCGGCAUCCUUCCUGAAUAUGCAGAUAUUUUCUGCCAGUUCAACUUUUUACAUCGGCAUGAUGAAGCUUUCUCAACAGAACCUCUCAAAAACAAUGGUCGAGGAACUCCACUUGGGUUUUAUCAUGUUCAGAAUAUUGCUGUGGAAGUGACGGAAUCAUUUGUGGAGUACAUCAAAACAAAGCCUAUUGUGUUUGAAGUCUUUGGACAUUAUCAGCAGCAUCCUCUCCAUCUGCAAGGACAGGAUCUCAACAGUCCUCCACAACCUUCCCGAAGAUUCUUUCCUCCCCCUAUGCCACUCUCAAAGCCAGUGCCAGCUACAAAGCUAAAUACUAUGAGCAAAACCAGCUUGGGCCAGAGUGUGAGCAAAUACGAUCUCCUUGUGUGGUUUGAGAUCAGCGAAUUGGAGCCAACGGGGGAGUAUAUUCCUGCGAUUGUGGACCACACGGGAGGCCUGCCCUGCCAGGGGACAUUCCUGCUUCACCAGGGCAUCCAGCGUAGAAUCACAGUCACCAUUAUCCAUGAGAAGGGCAGUGAGUUGCACUGGAAAGAUGUGCGAGAGCUGGUUGUUGGACGUAUAAGAAAUAAAGCAGAGGUAGAUGAAGCUGCUGUGGAUGCUAUUUUGUCUCUGAAUAUUAUUUCUGCAAAAUACCUGAAGUCCUCUCACAGCUCCAAUAGGACUUUCUAUCGGUUUGAAGCAGUUUGGGAUAGCUCCUUGCAUAACUCCCUUCUCCUCAAUCGAGUGACACCAUACGGAGAGAAGAUUUAUAUGACCCUUUCUGCUUACCUGGAGCUUGACCACUGUAUCCAGCCUGCAGUUAUAACAAAGGAUGUUUGUAUGGUAUUUUACUCACGAGAUGCCAAGAUCUCCCCCCCACGAUCACUACGCAAUCUCUUUGGCAGUGGUUACUCCAAAUCUCCAGAUUCCAAUCGAGUAACCGGGAUCUAUGAACUAAGUUUAUGCAAAAUGGCAGACACAGGAAGUCCAGGAAUGCAGAGGCGGAGGAGGAAAGUCCUGGAUACAUCUGUGGCAUAUGUGCGAGGAGAAGAGAACCUGGCAGGUUGGAGGCCCAGGGGUGACAGCCUCAUUCUAGAGCAUCAGUGGGAAUUGGAGAAACUGGAGCUGUUGCAUGAAGUGGAAAAAACCCGACAUUUCCUUUUGCUUCGUGAAAAGCUUGGUGACAGCAUCCCCAAGUCCCUGAGUGACUCAUUGUCUCCCAGUCUGAGCAGUGGAACUCUCAGUACCUCCACCAGCAUUUCCUCACAAAUUUCGACUACAACGUUUGAGAGUGCCGUGACGCCCAGCGAGAGCAGCGGCUAUGACUCAGCAGAUAUAGAGAGCCUGGUGGAUCGGGAGAAAGAGCUGGCCACCAAGUGUCUGCAGCUUCUUACUCACACUUUCAAUCAGGAAUUUAACCAGGUGUACAACAGCAUCAGUGAUUGUAAGUUGUCGGAUAUUUCUCCAAUUGGGCGGGACCCAUCAGUGUCGAGUUUCAGCAGUGCCACCCUCACACCUUCAUCUACCUGCCCUUCUCUGGUGGAUUCAAGAUGCAAUUCAAUUGAUCAGAAGACACCAGAAGCAAAUUCUCGUGCCUCCAGUCCCUGUCAUGAGGUGGAACAGUUCCAGCUAAUUCCUGCAGUAGAAACCUCCUAUCUUGCCAGAGCUGGAAAGAAUGAAUUCCUAAACCUUGUUCCUGAUAUUGAGGAAAUUAGACCAGGCUCUGUGGUCUCCAAGAAAGGAUACCUCCACUUCAAGGAGCCACUGUCCAGCUCCUGGGCCAAGCACUUUGUGGUGGUUCGCCGUCCCUAUGUUUUUAUUUACAACAGUGACAAAGAUCCUGUAGAAAGAGGAAUCAUAAACUUAUCCACAGCUCAGGUGGAAUACAGUGAGGAUCAACAGGCAAUGGUAAAGAUGCCCAACACAUUUGGUGUGUGCACAAAGCAUCGCGGGGUCCUGCUCCAGGCCAUCAAUGACAAAGACAUGAAUGACUGGUUAUAUGCCUUCAAUCCACUUCUUGCUGGCACAAUACGGUCAAAACUGGCUCGAAGACGCACGGGCCAGCUGAAGUACUGAGUCCAUGUAAUGUUCUCAUCUGUUCUCCCUAACUCACUUUCUGAUAGAUAAAGUGUUACCUCUCAUUUUCUCUUUGUGAUUCUUGACAGUUUCUCUUGUAUGUAAUCCUGUGGCUUAACAUCCCCUACCUUCCCAACUCCUUCAGCACAUUUUCUGGGUAUUCCAACCCUACCUUGUUUCUUUUCACUUGUGCCGAGAGUCCUUCUAGUAGCAUGUGGCCAAACAAAAAGAGAAAGAAAAAAAAAAAUCAAAAAAAUCGAGUGAUUAUGCACGACUCUAAAAA